CACAACCGUGGAGUUAUCAGCUCGGAGCUUGCAAACCAGACCCAGGCAGAUUUAAGAAGAGGAAAAGGAACACUUUUUUCCUGCUCCUUCCAGCCUUUGAGUAUGCGGCUCCUCGAGAAACUCCGUUCCUCAGCUCCAGAGCCCGCCUUCUCUAACGUUCUCACCCCGGGUCGCAUCCCCGAGUUCUGCAUCCCGCCGCGGCUGUCCCUGCCGUGCCCACCAGAAUCUCCCCCGGCCGGCGCCCUGCCCCGGCGGUGCGCCGCGGAACCGGACUUGUGGCCCCGCGCGGACGAUGAGAGCGCGGUUCGCACCGACUGGGACCCGCGCUCACAGGCCGCRCUCUCGCUGCCUCACCUGCCCCGCGCGCUCACAGCCUACGGCUUCUGCACGCUACUGGARAGCCCGCACACGCGCCGCAAGGAGUCGCUCUUUCUCGGGGAUCCCCGCGCCGCCGCGCUCCUGCAGCAGCCAGCUGCCAGACCCCGAGCGCACACCUACGGGGGCAACCGAGAAGGGGACGUCACCCGUUUGCCCCUGCGAACCCCGGACGCAGCUCCCGCCGCGGCACCUGGCUGUCCCUGUCCGCCUAGGGACGCGCUCUCCCCGAGGCCUGGCGGCCGCCGCCUCCUGCGCGCCCCUAACGGGCUGCUAAGUCGCGCGCUGCGGGCUCGGAGGAGUCGCGGCUUGGCUCGCGCACGCUCUGCCUCCAACCAGGACGGAGACGUGGAGCGCGGCUCCGCCUCUCAGCCCAACACCCCCGCGCCACCGUGUUCGCCCUCGUCCCUGGACCCACGGACUAAGCUCGUGGAAGCUGAGGGCACCGUAGCACUGGGCCGCUCUGGCUGCGCCUUGCGCCUGGCCGCCAACUACUGUCCCGGCAGCGGCCGCCUCCGCAUCCGACUGCUGCGAGCCGAGGGCCUGGCCGGAGGUACCCCUGAGCCCCGGGCCCUUGGCUGCCGCAUCAGCCUAGUUCUGCAGCCUACAGGCUCCACGCGCAAGCAACGCAGCUCAGUGCUCCGCCGGAGUCUCAAGGACGCCUUUGACCAGGACUUCUGUUUCGAUGGGCUCAUGGAAGACCAAGUGCGCCACCUGACUGUGCGCGUCAAGGCGGAGAAAAAGGGCCGCGGCCUGGAGCGGGGCCGCGUCCUGGGCCAGGGCGAGCUGCUGCUGGGCUCUCUCUUGCGUCUCUGAGGGCUCGGCCCCUCUCUUGGUUGCCUUUGGCAUCUGGGGACACUAACAGCUGCUUGG